GCCUCCUCGAGACCCUGCGAGAUGCUCCGGGAAAGACUUACAGAAGGCGAUUUGCAUCUGAGAUCCCAUUUCUUUUAAAUUUUGGCUUUACCUGGCAAGCCUAGAGAAAGAGAAGAUUGUUAGUACGAGCUCUCCAAGGAGAAACCCGUGUGGGAGCAGGGCACGAGGAGUGGUGAGGGGGCUCUAAUUUAGAUGGCAGCCCUUGCAGAGGCGGGAGAACUAUGAGCACCUGUCGGGGAGGAGUUGACUCAUGUGGGAAGAAGGUCACUUACGCAGCCUCGCUCUGUUGAUAAUGCUUGUAAGCCAGAGGUGAAAGUGGCUCAGCAGAGCAACACUGGGAAGUCUGGCAGACUGGAUGAGAACAGCUGCCCCCCAGGGCAGCUGCAACGUGUGAAGCAUGGAGGAGAGUAAAAACGAGAAGGUGAACCAGGCUCAUGUUCUCUUCGACAGAUUUGUCCAGGCUUCCACCUGCAAGGGGACUCUCAAGGCUUUCCAAGAGCUCUGUGACUACUUAGAACUAAAGCCGAAGGACUAUCGUUCCUUCUAUCACAAACUCAAAUCCAAGCUCAAUUACUGGAAAGCCAAAGCCUUAUGGGCCAAAUUGGAUAAAAGAGGCAGCCAUAAGGACUAUAAGAAAGGGAAAGCGUGCGCCAACACGAAGUGUCUGAUAAUUGGGGCUGGACCCUGUGGCCUUCGUACAGCCAUCGACCUGUCAUUCCUGGGAGCCAAGGUGGUGGUUAUAGAAAAGAGGGAUGCCUUCUCCCGCAAUAACGUGCUGCACUUGUGGCCAUUCACCAUUCACGACCUGAGGGGUCUUGGCGCCAAAAAGUUUUACGGCAAAUUCUGUGCGGGAUCCAUAGACCACAUCAGUAUCCGUCAGCUCCAGCUUAUCCUUUUGAAGGUUGCCUUGAUCUUGGGAAUAGAGAUCCAUGUCAAUGUGGAAUUUCGGGGGCUUGUUUACCCUCCAGAGGAUCAGGAGAAUGAAAGAAUAGGUUGGCGUGCAUUGGUCCACCCCAAAACCCAUCCCGUGUCUGAGUAUGAGUUUGAAGUAAUCAUUGGAGGGGAUGGCAGGAGGAACACCUUAGAAGGGUUUCGCCGAAAAGAAUUCCGCGGUAAACUCGCGAUUGCUAUCACAGCAAACUUCAUCAAUCGCAACACCACAGCUGAAGCCAAAGUAGAAGAGAUCAGCGGUGUGGCCUUCAUAUUCAACCAGAAGUUCUUCCAAGAUCUACGAGAAGCCACAGGCAUUGACUUGGAGAACAUUGUCUACUACAAAGAUGAUACACACUACUUUGUCAUGACUGCCAAAAAACAGAGCUUGCUGGAAAAAGGGGUGAUACGGCAUGAUCACGCUGACACAGAGGUGCUGCUCUCACGGGAAAACGUGGACCAGGAGGCUCUGCUGAACUAUGCCAGGGAGGCAGCUGACUUCUCCACUAAUCAGCAGCUGCCAUCGCUGGACUUCGCCAUCAAUCACUAUGGGCAGCCAGACGUGGCCAUGUUUGACUUCACGUGCAUGUACGCGUCCGAGAACGCCGCCCUGGUGCGCGAGCAGAACGGCCACCAGCUGCUCGUGGCGCUGGUGGGGGACAGUCUCUUAGAGCCAUUUUGGCCAAUGGGAACUGGAAUAGCCAGGGGGUUUUUGGCUGCAAUGGACUCUGCUUGGAUGGUACGAAGUUGGUCGCUCGGAGCAAGUCCUUUGGAAGUUCUCGCAGAGCGGGAAAGCAUUUAUAGGCUGCUGCCUCAGACCACCCCUGAGAACGUGAGUAAAAACUUCAGCCAUUACAGCAUCGAUCCUGCCACCCGGUAUCCCAAUAUCAACGUCAACUUCCUGCGGCCACAGCAGGUACGGCACUUGUAUAAUACAGGAGACUUGAAAGACAUUCACCUGGAAAUAGAGAACUUUGUGAACUCCAGGACACCAAAGCUGACUCGAAAUGAGUCUGUAGCUCGCUCCAGUAAAUUGCUCAGUUGGUGCCAGAGGCAGACCGAUGGAUAUGCUGGUGUUAAUGUGACAGAUCUCACAAUGUCAUGGAAAAGUGGCUUAGCUUUGUGUGCCAUUAUCCACAGAUACCGUCCAGACUUAAUAGACUUUGAUUCUUUGGAUGAGCAUGAUGUGGAGAAGAAUAACCAACUGGCCUUCGACAUCGCUGAAAAAGAGUUUGGAAUAUCUCCCAUUAUGACUGGAAAGGAAAUGGCAUCUGUUGGAGAGCCAGAUAAGCUGUCCAUGGUGAUGUACCUCACACAGUUCUAUGAGAUGUUCAAAGACACCAUCCCCUCUAGUGAUAGUCUGGACCUGAAUGCAGAAGAAAAAGCUGCCCUAAUUGCCAGUACCAAGUCGCCCAUCUCCUUCCUCAGCAAACUGGGACAGAGCAUCUCUCGGAAACGCACUCCCAAGGACAAAAAAGAAAAAGAACUGGAUGGUGCAGGAAAGAGGAGAAAAACCAGCCAAUCUGAGGAUGAGGACCUCCCACGGAGCUACAGAGAAGAAAGGCCCACACUGGUGAGCGCCCUGACAGAGAGGAGGAUUGAUGCUGCCAUUGGGAAUCAGAACAAAGUCAAGUCUAUGGCAACCCAGCUACUGGCCAAGUUUGAAGAGAAUGCACCGGUGCCGUCCUCAAGCUUACGGAGACAGAUGAGGCAUAAGGAACGUUCUCGGACCUGCCCCAAAAAAGUGAUCAUGCUCUCUUCCACUCCAUCUUCCUCUCCACCGUAUCCCAGGCAGCAGAGAUUCAGGGAACCUGGUGCCGGCUAUCCUGGGGAGCAGAGUCCCAGACAGGAGAGGCCUGAGACUGAACCGUCUCGCCGAUUCUUUGUUGACCAGUGGGAACUCUCCCUUAGCCUCCGCUCUUCCAAUCGCCCUUCCUCACCUUCAUCCGACUCCCUCCGACAGAAGUACAUAAAGAUGUACACAGGCGGAGUGAGCUCAUUGGCUGAGCAGAUAGCCAAUCAGCUUCAAAGGAAAGAGCAACCCAAAACCCUUCUAGACAAGAAGGAACUGGGCUCGCUCAAAAAGGAGUUCCCCCAAAACCUGGGAGGCAGCGACGUCUGUUACUUCUGCCGCAAGCGGGUCUAUGUGAUGGAGAGGCUCAGUGCUGAGGGCAAGUUCUUCCACCGCAGCUGCUUCAAGUGCGAGUACUGUGCGACCACCCUGCGCUUGUCGUCCUACGCCUACGACAUCGAAGAUGGUAAAUUCUACUGUAAGCCUCACUACUGUUACCGGCUCUCUGGUUAUGCUCAAAGAAAGAGGCCAGCAGUGGGUCCUCUGUCAGGAAAGGACAACAAGGGACCUCUGCAGGACGCCAUGGCGAGUGAUGGAAACGGACGGGCAAACACCACCCCCGCCUCAGCAGAGAGGGCCCCAGGUUCUAAUGUGAAUGGGCUGGAGGAGCCCAGCCUCGCCAAGCGGCUGCGGGGCACUCCGGAGCGGAUUGAGCUGGAGAACUACCGGCUGUCGCUGCAGCGGGAGGAAGAACUGGAAGAGGUUCCCGAAGAGACACUGGCAGAGCAUAACCUGAGCAGCGUGUUGGACAAAGGAACAGAAGAGGAUGUGCCCAGCAGUAGUUCAGAGUCUGAGAUGGAGGAGGAAGAUGAGGAGGAAGAGGAUGAACUACUGCUGCCUCAGCAACCCCCUUCAGACUUGGGUGGUGUGCCGUGGAAAGAGGCCGUGCGUAUCCACGCCCUCCUGAAGGGAAAGAGUGAAGAAGAGAUUGAGGCUGAGGAGAAUCACGAGAUUGAGGACAAAGAUGAUUAUGAUGAGGAGGAAUACGAAGAGGAAGAAGAUGAGGAGUCGAGCGAAGAGGGGGAGUAUAACCCUUGGGAGAGAGAGCUGCAGCAAGGCCUCUGGCUUCAACGUCUCUCAGAUGAAGAGGACUCGGGUACAUGUAAAGCUGGAAACCUUAGGCUGCAGCAGAUUGUAAAUCCGGUUGAUCCUCUGGAGAUCCUGGCAGAUGUGCACUGGACACACAUCCGUGAAAAAGAGGAGGAGGAAAAAAUGGUCUCAGCCUCAAAGUCCUCCACCUCCAGAGCUCCGUGUGAGGAUAAUGAUGUGGAGGAUGAGCUGGGCACAGAGCCUGCAGACACAGAAGGGCAGGCAGGUGAAGAGGGAGACACGGGUGCAGAGCUGGAUGAUGAUGACAUCGCAUCUGAUGCAGAAGCGGAGUUUCGCUUACACCGGGGUGGUGUAGAACAGGCAGAACUAAAAGUCUCUGAAGAUGAAGAAGAUGAAGAAGAAGCAGAAGGUGCUUCUUCCAGUGUGGCAGAAGAUCCAUGCAAACCAUCCAUCCCUAUCCAGGCAUCUAGUGACAGUGUUCUUCCUCUGUCUCCAGCUGCUAGUCCCAAAGCAAAACAAGCAGAGGAUGUACGAGAUCCCCUGGCUGAAGUACGCCGUGCAAUAAAAUCCCCAGAGGCACGCUUUUUUCCUGAGCCUUUCGUUCUUGAGGAAGGACCAAAGGAUGAAAUUCCCAAAGAAAGGAGAGUUAAGAGCCCUUUGGUGCCACUAUCUCCAGUGUUAUCCCAGCCGGUUGCAUCACCAGAAGCCAUUGCACCUACGUCACUAGCAGAGUCUCAGCCAGCAGCACCAACAUUGGCUUCAUCCCCAAAAUCUACUCAAAUGCCUAUCUGUUCCCAGCCUUUGCCUUCUGCUGAAACAUCCAUUCCAUCCCCAGUGGAGCCUCCAGUAUGUUUCCAACCUGUCCCAGCCUUAACAUCUACUCCUUUAGCCAAGCUGGCCCUUAGGGGCCAGGAUGGUGAGGUGGAAAAACUGGGGAGCCCUACUACUGCAGAAGAAGCCCUGAAACGGAGUAGCCUUGUGGAAGAGUUCUGGAUGAAGAGUGCUGAAAUCCGGAGGAGCUUAGGGCUCACCCCAGUAGAGAGAAACAAACGCCCAGAGACGAACUUCACUGUGUCUGCUCUUGAGACAACUCCUCUGAAGAGUUUUAAUAGCAAGAAUAUUUCAGGGGAUGAAAGGAUCCAUCCUGUGAAACCCCAACCUGCCCCAAGAAGGCAGGGACUGUCCAGGUUAGAAAAUGAGCAGAUUUCUCUGCUCACUCCAAAGUCUCCAUCAGAAAAAGAGCUAAAGAUUUCCGGUGAAGUACGGGGAGAUGUAUCCAGCAGUUCUGGACUUGGCCUUCAGGAGAGCUCAUCCAACAUGAGAACUAUGGCGAGCCAGAGCUUCAACACCUCUGACUCUACCAUGCUCACUCCCCCAUCGAGUCCGCCUCCACCACCUCCUCAGGAUGAGGAACCAGCCACUUUGCGCAGAAAGAGAUACCAGGCGCUCUGGCAGAACGAGGUUGAAGCCAGGUCACCUCCAACACCAGCGUCAACACCUCCUGUUCUCCGACACCAGGAGCCAGCCCCUGCUGCCAAGGAGACAACCCCGGCCAAGAGAGAAGACGUGCGCAAGUCUUUUGCAGAAAGUGUGGACGAGAUUCCGUUUGCUGAUGAUGUAGAAGACACAUAUGAUGACAGGACAGAGGACUCAAGCCUUCACGAGAAGUUCUUUACCCCUCCUACCAGUAGGCCAAGGCCAGAGAAACCACUUGUUUUGCCCUUGGUCAAAGAAAAUGGUGGUCCACCCUCAGUGGAAGGAGGGGUUAAUCAAAAGAAGAGACUGUUCCCUGAGAUUUCUGUGGAGGCCAAGGAGCUUGCUGAAGAAAGAAUGAGAGCCAGAGAGAAGUCUGUCAAGAGCCAGGCACUACGUGAUGCCAUGGCUAAGCAGUUGUGCAAGAUGAAAGAUAUGGAGAUGGCUGCAGCUGCUGCUACUGCGGCCACAAGGGCGCGAAAGGCAUCUUCGAUGCCCUUGAAGACCAAAGAACUGUUUUAUGAGUCUCCAAAGCAUUUGGCCUUGAAAUUAGCAGAGGGAUCCACACGAAAGCAUAAUUCUGCUAGUGAGAAGUUCUCCACUCCUCCUGCUGAUAUGGCUGGACCUGAAGGGUCUGUCAGCUCUUCAGAAGGCUCCAGUGGGAAGAGUAAGAAAAGAAGUUCUCUUUUCUCCCCUCGUAAGAACAAAAAGGAGAAGAAAUCCAAGAAUGAUAGCAGGCUUUCCGACAAAUCUAGUGGUGGGACAGAGGAAGCAACAAAGCCCAGGUCGUUAUGGAAGUCUGUUUUCUCUGGGUAUAAGAAAGACAAGAAGAAAAAGACCGAUGACAAAUCCUGCCCGAGUACUCCCUCAAGUAGUGCCACUGUGGAUUCUGGCAAGCGCAAAGCAUCUCCAUUGAUUACAGCUGCAGAUUUACAGCUCCGUCAACACCUGAGUUUCUCAGAGGACUCUGACCUGUCCAGUGAUGAUGUUCUGGAACGCUCCUCCCAGAAAUCCAAACGAGAGUCGAUCUAUGUACCACACGCCUUGGCAUUCAAGAGAUCAUACUCGUCAAAGAGGGCCUACACAGAAGAGGAGCUGAACGCCAAGCUGACCCGGCGGGUGCAGAAAGCUGCCCGUAGACAAGCCAAGCAAGAGGAGCUAAAGAGGUUACACAGAGCUCAGAUUAUCCAGCGACAGCUUGAACAAGUGGAAGAGAAGCAGAGGCAACUUGAGGAGAGGGGAGUUGCUGUGGAGAAGGCCCUUCGAGGAGAAGCAGUUGAGCCCAAUGCCGGGACACCACGUCGUAGACCUCUCUCCUUCUGCCCUUGCUGUGCCCAUGAAGGCAUGGGUAAGAAGGAUGACCCCAAGCUGAUGCAGGAGUGGUUCAAGCUAGUGCAGGAGAAGAAUGCCUUGGUUCGCUACGAGUCCGAACUGAUGAUAUUUGCUCGGGAGCUAGAACUGGAAGACAGGCAGAGUCGAUUACAGCAGGAACUCCGGGAGAGGAUGGCAGUAGAAGAUCAUCUGAAGACAGACGAGGAGCUCUCGGAGGAGAAGAGGAUCCUGAACGAGAUGCUAGAAGUAGUGGAGCAGAGAGAUUCUCUUGUGGCUCUCCUUGAGGAGCAACGGCUUCGAGAAAAAGAAGAAGACAAGGACCUGGAGGCAGUCAUGCUUUCCAAAGGUUUUAGCUUGAACUGGUCCUGAGCUUAACACAUUUACCUCUGCUGGUCUGUGUUGUCCAGUUGGCCUACCCUGAGUUUGCCAGAAUUACACGGAUAGGAAGAUGUUGAAGGGGAAAUCUCCGAAGGGUCCGACAGCAUGCAGGAAUUUGGUUUGAACCACGCAGGAGCCUUUUGAUAAGUGUGUUGGUUCCAGAAGCUUAAGUUUUACAUGUCUGCAAGCCAAGUUGAAGAGAUGAGUUGAGACUGUGGAGUCUCCUUUAGGUCCUAUACAAAUGGACCAUAUUUUUGUGUGUGUGGUAGGAGGGAGGGGAAUAAUCCAUGUGUGGGGAAGGAGGUUAAGGGAAGAAGUGCCCUUAACUAAGCUGGAUUUAUGGCAGUCCAUUCCUUCCCCAUUUUUACUACACCAGUUCUUAUAAAAGGGAGGGAAGUGGCAACCCUUCCUGGAAAACCACAGCAACCUGUAGCAGUGGAGUCAGCUGUCUGAGAGAGCUCCAGAAGCCCAGGGCAACACCUUCUUUGCUUUAGUCUUCCUCCCCACCAAAGAAACCUGCAGUUGAUGAUUAUGCAUGGAUAUGAAGAAAUACGAGACAGAGAAGAUACUGCUAGUAUGUGUGACAGAACUUUCUGCCUCCUGGUUUUUAGAGAGAAGUGGGCAUCAGUAGACUCUCUCCCUGUCAUAGCCUCCUAAAUCUUCUUGUGGGGAACAAGGGGAGAAGAAGAGAGAGGGAAGAUGCCCAUCUGCUUUGCUACACACUGGAGAGACAGCUACUGCUGGCCUUAGUCUUCAUGGCCACAGCUCAGAGGCUGGUGGGCUUCCUUGUUCUGUUUUCGUUGUGACUGUUUUGACACUGGAAAAUACUGCUGUGGGACAGUGGUAAGUGCGUGCUGGGGCAGGGGUGUUCCCAGGCAGCAUUCCCUGGCUGUUAGGCCCCUGAAAGGGAGAAGCCCUUAAGUGACCGAACCACCAUUAAGACUUUUCAGUGUUUUUAUUUUUUUUUCCUCUGUAUUUUGUUUUUGCACAUUGAAAACGAAGCUUAAGACCUGCCUGGGCCCUCAGUCACUUUGACCCUUUUAUGUCAAUUAACUUAUUUUUUUAAUACUUGAAAGAAGAUUCAUUUUUGUAUCUUUUAGGAAACAAAUGGACGAGUGAUGAGUGUGUGUGCCUGCUGCAUCCUACAACUUCCACUUCUAAAUUACUGGACGUUGUUACCUGUGGCUAUUUAUUAGUGUUCUUAUUAAUAAUUUGAUUGUUACACUUAUUUGAUUGUGGAGGGAGUGUUUUAACUCUGUUAGAGAAAGACACUACUGCGGAUUGGUCCCUGCUUCACAGCAAGGGCAGCCUUUAUGUACCCAUGGAUGCAUCCUGCCCUAGGAGUUUUCCUCUAUGAAAAAACCCUGCGCACUCAUGGAGUUUAAGAAUCUAUUUGUGUUCUUAGCGUCCUUUUCUUCUGCAUCCCAGAUUCCCUCUUUUGGACUAAUAAACCUAUAUUUAUUUAAAUUUUACAUUUUUAUAACAGGAAAGCCAAAACGGUGAGGUAGAAAUAUCCCACGUCUCUUUCUCACUGAAAGAGGGGACCCUCACGCUCCUGAGAUACAGCUAGAGGGACUUCCAUGAAAACAAAAAUAGCACAUUUCUUGCUGCAUCUGUUGGAAGAAACUCCUCUUGGCUCAGCUAGUGAAGCUUUUCAGCCGGGAAGGUGCUGACCGUGAUCACACACUAACAAUGAGCAGGAUAUGCACUGAGCAAUUCAGCACCAUUCACUGUCUGACACUUUCCCUGGGCACCCCAUGUCCUUACCUUGUCCUGCAGAGCUGAAACAGCACCAUGUGCUGGAGAGGUGUCCUGUCCUUCAUGCGAUGCAUUAAGAGGUUUUCCCACCUUGGGAUGCUGACUGUGUUCUUUUCUUGUUAAAGGAGUACUAAGCCUGCUUCCCAAUGUCUUUGAGAAAGUGUCCCACUCCCGAGUACAUUCAUACAGAGCACUGACUCUUUCAGCUUGAACUUACACUGCUGGUGCAAGGCACCCAAGCAGGGCUGAACAUCCUUUAGUCUUUUGCCCUGGGACAGAGGUUAGCGUGGUUUCUUGCUGUUGGCUCUCUCCUUCCUUCAGAGAGGUGUCCUGUAAGGCAAGGUCUAUGAUUUGAAUUCCCCUCUGACCUGGGAGCAUACCUCAGGCUGAGGGAGAAUGGGUUGGGGUGUCCCCAGAGACUCUGAGUGGUGCUGGUUGCUAACUGUGGAAACAUGUUUUUUCCACUUGAAGUGUCCCUCCUUUAUUCCCCCUAGUGUUUUCUGCUGAGGCAUUACAAGUUAAAUCCAGAUGCUCGUGAAACCAAGCAGACAGGCAGAUGCAGUGCUACUUCAUAAUUGUGUAUGUUAGCAAGUGCUACCUGCUAUCCCAGCAUCCUGGAGUGUUGGCUUACCGACAGGAUGUCCAACAGACAGAAUUCCCCCCAUUUGCCGGUGCAGAUGCCAGCUGCCCAAGUCAAACUGGCAGUGGAAGUUUACAUAAUCUGCAUUUUAGGGGCCACUGGAAGCUGGAGCGGAGAAGGAGGGAAGAAAGAGGGAAGCCAGAUAUAAAGUUUAUUGUGAACUGUCUUGUGCAGAGAAUUGACCUCAGUACAUUUUAUGUGCACUGGGUAUAUGGACCACACCUAACCCGUAACGAAAAGUCAUUGAAUGUGAGCUGCAGAACAGAACAAAGUCCUGAAGGAGAAAUACCAGAUCACUCCUUUUCCCUUUCAUGCUGGGGGACAUGGGCCAGAUCUUUGCAGUGCUGAAGAGUGAUAUCACUUGAGGGCAUAAUCUCUUACUGCACCAGAAAACCACAUAAUCUAAGCCUAAACUCGUUAGGUUAUGCUGAAGGCCUCCAGCACUGAGAAUGAAAACGAAGAGCUAACAUCGCACACGCAAAUUAAUUAAAAAUACAUGAAAGGGAAUGUUAAAAGGCCUUUUUAUAUCAAAAUGGUUGUAAAAGGCACAACUCGUAUUUGCUGUUCAGUUGCACUUUAAGAAUACGACUUGCAUAUCAGAUACUGGGUUUUUUUACUAUCUGAAUAUUUUUAAUUCAAAUUUUAUAUUUUUAAAGCUGAAGAAGGCUCUCUUGUGGCCACAAGAUUCCUUAUUUGUAUCAGAAUCCAAGUAGGAUGUUCUAGCUCUUUGUGCUGCCCGGGUGGGCAGCAGCACGUGACUCGGCCAUGUGCAUUCGAUGACGUGUGUCCAUUUCACGUGUGAGGAGAGCGAAAAGGCCCUCAGCUUCCGAGGAGUGGGCACUCCAGGGUGUCUGUCCCAGGUGACACGGUCUGUACCAGGGGCUGGCUGCUUCAUCCCUGCAGGAGCUAGGGAGAGAGCCGAGCUUGGAACCCAAGCUGUGUUCGUUUUGAAAUGGGCACACUGAGGAUGGGGCAAGCACUUCAGUCCCCUACGGGGAAGGGAGGGGGAUACCGACCUCCUGGAAACACCCAGGAGGCAAGUGGGACUGGGGGAGUGAGGACUACCAAAACAACUAAUAUGCUGUUUUCACAGUACAUUUUUAUUUUAACUAUUCUGUUCUUUUAACCAUAUUCUCAUGAAAACUCACAAAUGGCUGUAAAAUCCUGAGCUUCAGAGAACUAAUGUGUGGGGAGGUGACGAGACAUUUCAGCUCCAACUUUCAGACAUACUCCCCCUUUCAGUUAACCAAUACCCCAUGGUCUCACUAGGGCAUGUUACAAACUGCGUUGCUGAACAACAUAUUUUAGAGCAAACCGCAAGUUUUAAAAGUCUGUCCUUCGCUCUCUCCGUCUCUGCAUUUUAUGUAAAUAUUUGUUUGUAUGUAAAGACACCAAGUGGAUCCCUGGGUUACCCCCACGGUCAAGAAUCUGAGUUUUGUGCAAUGCCUAGGCCUUCUCUUAGAACACGGUGCUUGCAUAGAGCUAGUCACCACAUUUGUGUGCACUCUGGUGGUUUUUAAUAUUUUUAUACAUCCUAAUCCUGAACGUUAUGAAGUAUUAUAAGUGGUCUAGACUGCAUGAUCUAGAGCAGCUGGCAGUUCCGUUUUGUGAGCAGCUGUUCCUAAAAUGUUCACAGCUACACCUUGUUUGGUUAACAUUCUUUUAAGAUGAGUUUUCAGUUUAAGUGUUUACACCGGACACCAGUGGACGAGAAAGGUGUUGCAUUAUAAAAUCUGUGUACAAACUGAAAAGCCACGAUAUGGCUUUAUGGGAAUUUCAGUCAUCACCGUCUGCAAGAAAGAGAACUCUAAAGCAUACUAAAAACCAGCCUGUAUAUAGUUCACAGAGAAAGAGAUCGCUGGCUCUCAACUGUUGUAAAGUAUUAGAAGCUUUCCAAAAGUUCCUGCUUUUGGAGUGCUCAGAGUACCGCUAUAGGCAGGGUAGCAGGCAGAUGAGGGUGUCACUGAAAGCAGAUGUGAAGGGGAGGAUGCCAUGUUCUGAUGGCAUUGCAGUAACUUAAAUACUCUGUAUCUGUGCGUGCGCGCGUGUGUGUGUGAAGUCUAAUCCAGGUGAAGGGAUCUGCUUUGGCAUCUUCCCUUUUGUAUGAAAGUGAACUCUGAUAUUCAGAUUGUUCGAGGCUCUUACGGUUGGCAUGUAUGGAGUGUUAAGAGGAAAAGCGUAUACCCUACCUGUACAAAACCAACUCUGUUCCAGCCUGUUUUCUUCUGUUGGGUUGUGUUUUAUUGUUUGUUUUUAUGCACACUUGCUUCGUUGGUGUUGAGAUUUUAGCACCUCAGAUGGCCAACUGAACUAAAAAAAAAGAACAAAAAAAUAAAAUCAUUAAUUAUUUUUUCUUU